UGCAUUACUGAGGUUGCUUCAGAUCCUACGUCAACCUCCCGGGUCUGGGAUUACAGGUGUGCACCACUAUGCUCAGCUACUAUGUUUCUUGUGUUGUCCACAAGGGAGAAAUCUAUAUAGAUUUGUGGAGAACCAUGUCUAAAGGAAAAGUGUAAGAAAACACAACUCAGGAGCUAUAACAUGCUCAAAAAUACCAGAACAUGUGAGACCACAGGAAAAGUGAGCUCAGUUUCUCCUUGUUUAUGCACCACACACACAAAGCUUCUGUGAUCCCAGAUGAGUAAGGGGUUUUCCUAUGCACCAGGCAAGCAGCUCUUCAGAGGGCAUCUUGUCAUUUCACAUCCUGAUACUGUCCAUGAAGCUAUGUGGUGGAUCCCUCGAGCUGAGGUCUCUGUCCCACAACAGUGCCCCCUGUUCAGUAUUUGCCAAUAUUAGGCAAAAGUAUGGCCUGUGAUUCUGAAUGACCUGCUGUAAAUAGGGGUGUCCUUCAUCCCAUCUUCAUAUUCAAAAAGUGGGUAAAGAGCUUUCAUGAAACCAUGAAGCAAUUUACUUGCAUUCGCCUUUGUUGUAACUCAUGUUUAGAAGCCUGCAGGUGAGCCAAGGAUGGAAGAGAUGUGUAGGCUGAGGUGUGCGGCAAAGGACAUGGAGCUCAUGCGACUUUUCUGGGGUCUGCUGACAUUCAGGGAUGUGGCCAUUGAAUUCUCCCAGGAGGAGUGGAAGUGCCUGGUUCCUGCCCAGAGGGUGCUGUACAGGGAGGUGAUGCUGGAGACCUACAGGAACCUGGUCUCCCUGGCAGGAAUAUGUCCUUUAGACCUGAGUGUCGUGUCCUUGUUGGAGCAAGGGAAGGAGCCCUGUCCUGUGGAUGGCAGAGUGGAAAUAUCCAGCACAGCAAAUGGGUGGGCAUGUGUGGCAGGUGUGAAUGCAGCCCACCAAAGAAUUCCUUGUAAUGUCAAAGCAGACAUUUCUCAUAAAUUUGAACAUGAUUUUAAAGAUUCCUUAUUAUUUGUACAAGAACCAGCAACAGACAUUCCUCCAGCAGCUGACAAAUCUAAUGAGUUUGAAAAAUCCUUUAUUCAAGGCUCACACUGUACUAGACAUCAGGUAAUUAAUGCCGGAAAAAAACAACUUAUGUGUGAUAUAUGUGGCAAGCUCUUCAAUAAAAAAUCAAACCUUACACAUCAUCGUAGAAUUCAUACUGGAGAGAAACCGUACAAAUGUAACGAGUGUGGCAAGGUUUUCAAUGACAGUUCGCACCUUGCACAACACUCGAGAAUCCACACUGGAGAGAAACCUUUCAGAUGUGAUGAGUGUGGCAAGGUCUUCCAUUACAAGUCCUACCUAGCAACCCACAGGAGAGUUCACACUGGGGAGAAACCUUACAAGUGUGAUGCAUGUGGCAAGGGCUUCAGUCAGACUUCAUCCCUGGCAAGUCAUCGUAGAAUCCAUACUGGAGAGAAACCUUUCAAAUGUAAUGAGUGUGGAAAGGUCUUUAGCCGCAACUCAUACCUCAUUCAACAUGUGAUAAUCCACACUGGAGAAAAACCAUACAAAUGCAAUGAGUGUGGCAAGGUCUUCAAUAAAGAAUCUAUCCUUACAAGUCAUCGUAGAAUUCAUACUGGAGAGAAACCUUACAAAUGUGAUGAAUGUGGAAAGUUCUUCAAACAGAGUGCACAGGUUACACAGCAUCGGAGUAUCCACACUGGAGAGAAACCUUUCAAGUGCAUUGAGUGUGGCAAGGUGUUCCGUUUAAAAUCAUACCUUACGAAUCAUGUGAGAUUGCACACUGGAGAGAAACCUUUCCAAUGCAAUGAAUGUGGAAAGGUCUUCUGUCAAAAAUCAAACCUUACAACUCAUUGUAGAAUUCAUACUAGAGAAAAACUUUAGAAAUCUAUUAAGUGUGUGCCGGAGUUCAGUCACAUUUCAAACCUUGCACAACAGAGAAUUCACAACUGUACCGAGGGUGGAAAAUCAUCACCAUGCACUCAGUCUACCGAGGGUGGAAAAUCAUCACCAUGCACUCAGUCUUGUGUACACAUCAGGCAAGGCACAGAAGCAUAAUGAUUUUGGCCAAGACUUUCUUCAGUGCUCCCAUCUCAGUGGACAUCGUUGAUCCUCGCUGGAGAGAAAUCAUGGAUAUGUCUGCAUGUACCAAGGUCUGGCACAGUUCACAGGUUGCACAACAUUCAAGAAGAUCUGCUGGAGGUAGAACUUGAAUGCAAGGAGGGUGGCAUCCCCAUAUCAUGAGUACAAGCAGGGCGGGUACGAGCAGCAUCUGUAAAAAUCACAGCACAUAGGACAGAGACUUCCAGGCCUCAGAAUCCAGUAGGUAUCAGAGGGACAUCUUUGCGGAAGCUGAGCAAAAGUCAUGUGCGUGACUUUUCCUCAAAACCUGGAACAGAGCACUUGACCCAGAGAGCAGCCAUCCAAGUUUAAGGAAUAAGCUUUUUUUUAGUCAAAUUUUUUUGCGAUUUUGUUGUCCUUAGAAGAUUUGUUCUGGCGAGAAAUCAGACAGACAUUGUGACCCUGGAUAUUUCAUUCACCAAGAGAGUGUCCUUUAGCAUUCACCAACAAAUCCAUAAUAGAAAGGACUCUAACAGAUGUACUGGUGUAUACAUUAUUUCUCCCAAUCUCACACAAUACUUCAUGUCUGAGAAUUUAUAGGAAGAAUGAAGGUCUCUGUGUCUCCAAGAUUAGCUUCUGGUCUUGCAUACUAUGGAAGAAUUACAAGUCAGAACCUGUUAAAACUCACGAUAUGUCAAAGGUGCAGGGACAUUUGUAAAGCACCAAUUCCCUUCAGGUUGUAAAGUGUUUCAUUUGUAGAGAUGACUUGGAAAGCUGCCUUGCCCGCCUUGGGUUCUGUGCCUUCCUUACAGGCUUUCACAGCUGUGUCCAGAAAGGAACACAGGAGCCAAGGCCUUACUUCAUGAAAGGUGGAUCGCUGCUGUCCUUGCACUGGAGGAGGAGGACACUGCCUAUUUGAAUUCAGUAGUGUCUGCACCAAGGAGCAUUUGGAAGGGAUUGAGCAGGAUGUAGAAUUAGGAUGUUGGUAGUCCUGAUAGUUGUGGUCAGUGCACCUUUGUCCACUGUUGGAUGCGGGUAAGAAAUGCUCUACCAACUGCCUGAAGAAGGGCUGCCAGGUCCUUAGGGACUGGCUUUGUAUUGGAGGAGAGGACUGUGUUCUUUGGGACUGACUGUGUCCAGGAAGAAUGCAGGGAAAUGGUGGCCACCUGCUGCAUUUAAUGGCCACAGAUGUUGUUUAGUACAAUUGGUGAGUAAUUGAUCUUAUUCUCAGAAUUGAAAAGGUAUCAGAGAGAAGAGAUUAAUGAAAAGAACCACAAUAUCAUGUUCUUGUGGAGGAAUCACCUUUACCUGUUGAUGUUAUGUUUACUUCUGAUUUAUUUAGAAUAUACCAUAUGUUUCAUAGGGUAAUUAAUAAAAUUUAAUGUUUUCACAAAACUGUGAAAUCGUGAAUCAUGUUUCUUCUACAACACAGUUUUGUUCUGCCUCAGUGGGAUUCUU